AAGCAAGCGAGUAAUUAAGACUGAAGCGUAAAGAAUGAAAUACACAAUCGCAGAAACCAAUUUAACGUGUCUGAAAUGAAUUGACAUUAAAUACAUUAAAGACUCAAUGAAGCACUUCUGUCAGCUAAUGUGACUGAGAUCUGGAAGGAGACGAGAUUUAUUAUCAGGUGUUGAAGGUCUAGACUUGGAUCGCUGUCCACAUCAUGCUGGACCAUGCGGAUGUGAGUUUGACCCCAGAGGAGCGGGUGCGGGCCUUGACGAAGAAGGGCAGUGCAGUGGACAUGAAUAUAGCAGUGCCCCUCCGAAGAUACUUCCGCUCGGGUAUGGAGAUGAUCCGCAUGGCACAUGUGUAUGCUGAGGAGGGCAACACAGAGCAUGCCUUCGUCCUCUACAACAAAUACAUCACGCUUUUCAUUGAAAAGCUCCCUAAGCAUCCAGAAUAUAAGAUCCCUAAUAUUCCUGAGAAGAAGGAGACUUUAAAGAAGCUAAAGGAGAUAGCUUUUCCUCAAGCAGAGCAGCUGAAGAAACUUUUAUCGCAGAGAUAUGAGAGAGAAUAUGCUCAGUACCUCAGUAAAAAGCGUGCCGAACAGGCAGCACUGGAACAGGAGUUGUCACGGCAGCGAGAGCUGGAGGCUGAGAGAAAGCGUGUGGCAGACAUGCAGAGAAAGCAGCUGGAACAGGAGCAGUUCAGUAUGUUUGAGGAGAUGAUACGGCAGCGCGACCGUCAAGGCGAGCGUCAGAAUAUCAGCACGCCAGCCUCUCCCCCGGAUGACGCUCUGCUCAUUCCUGGAAUCCAGGGCCCACCUGUGCCCUACCCAGCAUCUCCCACUCCCCCUCAGAGUCCACAGUACCCUUCAGCCAAUCACAAUGCUCCAACUGCGCCAAGCCCGGCUGCACCCCCAAAUAUUGACCGCUCACUUAAACCAGGCCAUCACAACACUACAUUGGUAGAUGGCUUACGCCAAAUAGCUGUCCCUGCAGAGCUUUGUGGUAAAUUCCUGCGACUGGCUAACAGCAACACCAUACGAGCAGUGGAAACCUGUGGCAUACUCUGUGGGAAACUGAAUAUGAACACGUUCACCGUGACACACGUGAUUGUGCCGAAGCAGUGUGGGGGUCCAGAUUACUGUGACACAGAGAAUGAGGAAGAGCUGUUUUUGGUGCAGGACCAGUACAACCUCAUUACACUGGGCUGGAUACAUACCCACCCCACUCAGACAGCCUUCCUCUCCAGUGUAGACCUGCACACUCACUGCUCCUACCAAAUGAUGCUGCCAGAGUCCAUCGCCAUCGUCUGCUCUCCCAAAUUCAACGAAACUGGCUAUUUCAGAUUGACAGACUACGGCAUAGAGGAGAUCUCGACCUGUACGCAGAAAGGCUUUCAUCCUCAUCCUAAAGAGCCUCCUCUUUUUACAAAUGGCAGCCACAUUAAAAUCACAGAAGGCACUGUAUCAAUGCUUGACCUACGGUGAUCCUCUCUGAUGUUUACACAGUGGUACUAUGAAGUGUAUUUUUUAAUCUGGAUUGCAGCUUUUGUCCUUGUUAACUCCUCUUAUGGACUGGUUGGCCAAUCAGCAUUUACUGGUGGUGGGAUUUCUUAAAGAGACACAUACUUGUCUACAGCAAGCUUUUUUUUUUUUUUUAUAUUUGAAAAUAUGAACACUAACUGAAUGUCUUAUGAUAUCUAUUGGGAGCUCAGGACUGCAACACAUGCAUUACACUGACCAUUGUUUAAAUUUGCUCUGUCCUAAUGAGCAAUAAGAAACUGUUUAUUAAAGGUUUAUUUAUGGUCUGUGGUAACAUCACACACUAACAUAUCUCCUAUGUAGAAAGAAUAUUAAAAGAAAGUCUUUUUGAAACUACUUUAAGAGAUGACAAUACUAACCACUGUACCACUGUGUUGAAUUCUUGAUUCUCAUCGGUUUGUAGAAAAUGACAAAACAACACCUUGGAAUGUUUAUAAUGUUCUUAAGUUCCAAAUUUGUUGACCACAUUACAUUUCCAUAUCACUCCGCCACAUUUUCUGCAAACUAGUAAUGGCUGCUUGGGCUGUUUUAAGAGACAUACUAAAUAUGUGGCGUAAGAAAGUAGCCCCAAACACGAGCGUUUUAGGGACAAAAAUCUGAAAAUUGUCUUGAGAAAUAUUUUGGGCCUCAUUCUUGAAAUGCUAAUUUCUGUUGAAACUAUUCAUGAAGCCAUUCUUGCAUAAAUUGUCAAACUGAAUUACUUUUAAACAAGUGUUUUAGGGACAAAAACCUGACAAUUGUCUCAAAACAUUUUGGGUCUCAUUCAUGAAAUGCAAAUUUUGGUGGAAAUGGUUUGUAAACCAUUCUUAAAUUGUUGCAUUGAAUUGUGCCACAAUGUAUUAUUUUUGCAAUUCCGUUUGGUUACGCUAGUGGUGUAGAAAUUACACAAUUCACCUUUGAAGUAUGAACUGAUGGAACAAAUCCAAAUGUAAAAAGAAACUGACAGGUAACCAGUUUUAUUUAAUAUUUACUUUAUUAAUAUGGAAUUGGUUGCUGUUAGCACAAUUUAUAAAUAUUAAGAACCAUUUAAGCUAUCGUUGUCAGUAUUAAGCAUGAAACCCCCGUAUUGAAGAAGGGAACAUUGAAUCAUAAAUUAACACACUUUUUUUUUUAAAAAAAGGACAAAAACAA